AGUAGUUUUCUGUAUAACUAAAGUUCAAAAGCGUCAGCUUUCCGGGUCGUAACAUAGCUCGUAAAUGAGGUAAAAAUGGCGGUAGCAGUGAGUCUUGUUCAGGCCAUGGCAUCAAUCGCUACGUUGAAUACGCCAGGUCUCUGCAGUUCUGAUUCUAUAGCAGCCACAAUUUUUAAAAAAAUCCUACAAACAGAAGGGACAGAUCCGCUACGCCUCAGUGAUAUGCACACAGAGAAAGGAUCAACGACAAACAUCCUGUUCCACGGCCUCAGAAAAAUGGAAUUGUCUAAUUCUGCCGAAUUCUGGAGGGACAACAAUCAGGAUUUGGGGGUUCGCUUUUCUAUCGAAAAUCUGAGCAAAUCUGCACCGUGCUAUAUGACUGCCAAUUACAAUUUUCUUCUUUCUGGGAACAUGACGGUACAUCUUAACGACCUAAGGAUUGGCAUCAAAAUAAAAAUCGCCAAAAAAACACAAGUGGUGCGAGUAAUGAACGUCGUGGUCGAAGCGCUUGGGGAACUGGACAUAGAGGCGCCGGGAUUACCGUCGCGAAUGGUUCGUCAGAUCGAACAAAAACUGAGAGCAGGCCGGCAGCUUGUUAUUGCAAACUUCCGAAAUACUCUCCAAAAUCGUUUAAAUAAGAAUCCAUGGACUGUUAAUAUAUCGUGCUAGUAUCAUACUAAUAAGCAUCAAUCCAACUGUGACGUUCCUGCGUAGUUUUAGCCUUUUCGAGAAAUGUUGCUAUUGUAAUAUACACUUGCCUGCGUAUGCUCUGCAUCAUACAGUAACCUUCAUGGCUAGCCAUACCUGUAGAGAAUCGAUGGACUAAUUAAAGGAUGAGUAAUUAUACAGGCUGAGAUAAAAAGAAAAAAGACUAGUGGAAAAAAUAUAAUUUUUAAGGAAAACGUUGAGCGUUACAGAGGAUAGGGGUACAACUGAAAUAAUAUUCGUGUGAACUGGAAGCAGUUUUUCAUGGAACACAAAGGCUGCUUUCCAUAUAUAUCCAUAUUUUGUAUAUUUUCGCAUGUGUCAUGCUUUCUUUUGUUUACAAGGGACAUCUGAUCAAAUUUCUCUGUAUAGCUAAAGCGGAUACUAUGACGACAAUAUGCCACGCUCGACUCUUGCCCUUGAGGUGGCAUUUCUUUGGGACCUUUUAUCUACGCCUAAAUAAAUACAUAACAGAUUGUUCUCAGAACAUACAUUUAUUCAAUACAUUUUAGUUAACUAUUCAUUCGGCAUAAAUAAAUGUCGCAGAAAUGAAUUAUACGCCUCCAUUGUCCUUUUCCGAGGCCUUGGAUGACAUAGGUCAUUCUCAUUUUUAUGACGUUGAUGGACUUUGCGAUUCAUCCAAAGCAAAUCAAUAACUUUAUUGAGCAUUUUGUAUCCAAUUGCGCUGAGAAAGUAGCCAUUUUUUUUUUUUCGAAUCUUCUUCGCCUCAUUAUUCAGCAAUGACGAGUUCGCAGGCGACUGCUUGUGAUAUAAUAGUUAAGUGCUGUGUUUAUAUAUAAAUUUUGUUUCCUCGUUAUCUCUUGUCUUUUCUGCGCUUGCACUGUCUCUGUACGUGCAGGCGUUAUUACUAAGCUGUUUGAGUUAUUUAGAUAAUUGGCGCUUCUAUCCGCUUUUUCAUUACGCACCUGGUGAGUAAACCACAUGGCUUGGCACUCAGGCAUACCUUGGCCUAACCCACUAUCAUCCUAGCCUAACUGUCAGUACGGUUAUUUAUUCAUAGAUAAUAGUAAUAGAAUAUAAACUACGUGUAAUCGUCAUGACGGUAAUCUACUUCGACGCGUUGGCGUCACAUAGCGCAGUAUCGAUAAUUUGUUACGAAUAACUUAAGUACAAUGUGGUGUCUAUCGUAAUUGUAUGGUGCCGCAUAUAAUCAUUCACAUUUACUGGACGUUAAUGAUAUAGUGAUUGACUGAUAUCGAAAUGAUGCUGUGGUCGCUAUAAUAAUAAUAUGUGAUAUUAUUUUUUUACCUAUUCACACACCGGGCGCAAACAAGUCCGCCUGCAUUAGGACCUGCCCACCGUUAUUUUCCAAUGUUGGUAGCGUUAGUGGAGAAACUGUCUAUUGAAAGGGGGAUGACAUCAUAAAGCAUGUCAUCCAAGUCGAUGUCCUUCUGUAUAUAUAUAUAUAUAUAUAUGGUAGAUAAAUAUUUUCUCCCUGGAAUUUUCCUCAGACAUAGAGACGUGCCCAUACCUUAUUUGUAACGUACACCUUAAAAACAGCGAAAAUAGCAACAUUGUAUAUAUAUAUAUAUAUAUAUAUAUAUAUAUACAUAUAUAUAUAUAUGGCUAGGUGACGUAUUUUAUGUCGCCACGUGGCGCGAUGGAGAUGAUAAAAACGAUCGAACCGGCAGCUGUCGUCGAGUGACUAUUAUCUCAUUGUAGCUACCAAGGGUAUUCGGUGCAUCGGUUUUCUUGAUGGUGCGCUCAUUUAUGUUCAUAUGAUCCUAUUGAGCGCGUUCUAUGUGAUAUAUGUAUAAUAGCUUUUAUAUGUAUAAUCGUUUUCUCUACGUAGUAGACACACACAAUACGAAGGCCUUUGCCCAUAGCGCAGUAACGCCUAUUUUUGUUAAGCGUAGAUAUGAUUGUUUGCAGAGCUCAACGGACCAGCCGUCUCGCGCCGUAAUCUAACCGUAAAAAUGUCGCAUGCUUCCAUCUCUCAAGGUUCAACACAAUGAGUUCUUAAUUCAUCAGUAAUUACCAGUGCUCCGCGGCUUCUACUUCCCCCGCACCUACUUUCAAUAUAAGUUGAGCCCUUUUCCGUCCAACUAAUCAUCUCUCUUACACUUUGCUACCAUCAGUUACCACUUAAUAAAUAACACAAAGUUUAGCCAAAUUAUUUGAGUUUUAUCAUCUAUAACAUACAGGCGUGUCUCGGGGUUAGAGUGCCGUUACUACAGAUUUACACACCGAUUGCUAGCUCAGCGCACGUAACACUUAAUAAUAGUUUUGGUAUUUUGGUUUUAGUUAAAACAGGACGACAUGCAUAUAAAUAACAAUGCUCAACGAAAUGCUAUGUUAUCUGUACUUAAUUUUCAUUAUCUGUAAAGUAUGUACGUAUUUAGUCUACGACACAUGUUGUUUCCGUCUUAGCAAAUUAGCAAAAUGAAUGUAUUAUUUUUCUUUACUUUUAUCGAUUGCUCUUGAGAUCAUGAGGUAAUUUCAACAUUUUCAAACACGAUGGUGAUAAUAACCGGGCCUUUCUAUCGGAAGCAUCGCAUUGCGCACAGAAAUUCUUUGGAGUACACCUCGAGAACACGAAACCCGGAAGAAAUCAUCAGACGACGACAUUGGAAAAUCAUGUUCGUUCGUCAAUGUUUGUCCCUUCUCUUCGAGAGGAUGAAGCUGGCUAAGCUACCCUUUGGAAGAUAAUUACUACGCUUUCCCGGGCGAGGGUUCUUCAUGUCUCUUCCAACGAUUUCCUGGUUCGUAAACAACAGAGACCAGCUUUAUGCAUUAUCGCCUGUAACCCCUAUUAUCAUUUGUCCAUUGUGUUUUAUAUGAAGAUGGUAUUGCCAUGCGUGGGUGGCAAAUCCGACCUUAUUCACCACCAACUGAAUACACCUGUAGACAGAUUUUAAUAGUUGAUGUGCACGUCGCUUUUAUCCUGUCUUUAGUUCUGCGUCUUCACUUUGUCUUUUAGUUCAAGUCUACUAGUUUAACUCUUGUUUUAUAUUAACAAACAAAUACACACAUACACACUGGGGAACCCAGACAUACGUCGAAGAACCCAUCGAGACCAGCUCGACACUCCCCUGUCAGCCAGAAACUAUCAGUCGCGGUAUAUAGUAAUAAACAAAAAAAUAAAGAUCAAGCAGAACAAGUUCGUCAUCUAACUUUUGUCGCUGUAAUGAUCGGUAAUUGCAUCAACCUAUUUGAGGUAUACAUUUCAAAUAGCUCCAGAAUGCAAUAAUCUCAUCACUCGACGUUACGCGGCCGACCCUGAAUGGCUAGCAGGGGGUGAAAAAACAAAGUAUAUGUACAUGGGUUCUCCACGAUGCCCUUACAGGGUCCGGUAUAGAAGGGUCCAAGCGCGCGCCAACAAGCGAU